AUGUAUAGUUAUUACAACUCUACUUCCACUUCGUCGUCUCGUGCCUCGCCUCCAUUGGUGAAUUAUACCGGUAACGAACUCCACAUUGACGGAGGAUUUUCCCAUUCUGAACCACUCCCAGCAGCGGAUGUCUGGAUCCAAGAUCGUCAACAAGGAAACGAAGAACAUGAAGAUGUACGAGAUGACGACCAUCAUGACGACGUUAAAGCUCAAGCAGGCAGUAAAGAUAAGGAUGGUGAAACCAACUCCAUCUCAACACAAUUUCAAAAUAAAUCUGGAACUGACCUCUGCAAACUGACAAUCAGCAUGACAAAUAAACGGGCAAGAUACGCAACUGUGAGGCGAUUCCUUGGAAAGGUAUACAUCGACAUCCGUGAAUUCUACCCUGUAGGAGAGAAAUACUACCCAAGCAAGAAAGGGAUCAUGCUCGAACCAGAGGAGUUCAAGGUUCUACUAAUGAUGUCCAAAAAUAUCAACGCUGCGAUACAUAGGGGACGCAUGAUGAAACGCUAA